UCGUGUCUGUCUCUCUCUCUCUCUCUCUCUCUCUCUCUCUCUUUAUAAUAUUAAUAAUUAAUUUCUCUGUGUGGCUGUAUAUAUAGUCCCAUCCAUGCUUUUACUCUGCUGCAAAAGAAAAGCCUAUGACAUCUCUGCCGCAGCGCCUGCCCGUUUUCCCACCAUUUUCUUUCCCCUAAUUCAAACACAACCACUAACACUACCACUACCACUGCGACUACGUAUUUAUAUUUAACUCUCUAUUCCAUCAUUGCCUUUCCCUUCCUUUCCUUCUCUACUGCACCAGCACAAUGGGUGGGACUGCGAGAGACGACGACUUGGCCCUCACUCUCACCUUAGGGUUUGGAGUUACCACUCAGCCCACUCACCUGCACAGGCCCCCCCACUCCAUCCACAAUCACCUACGCAAGGCGUCUUGGAACGAGCUUUUUCAAUUUUCUGAUCGAAACGCCGAUACGAGGUCGUUUCUUCGGGGAAUCGACGUGAAUCGGCUGCCGACGACCGUGGAUGGCGAGGAAGAAAACGGCGUUUCUUCUCCGAACAGUACGAUUUCUAGCAUCAGCGGGAAGAGGAGCGAGAGAGAAGCGGUCGGAGACGAGGCCGAGGCGGAGGCAGAGGCGGAAGCCGAGAGAGCCUCGUGCUCGCGGGGGAGUGACGAUGAAGACGGCGGCGGGGGCGAUGGCGACGCCUCGAGGAAGAAGCUGAGGCUAUCGAAGGAGCAGUCGAUGGUGCUCGAGGAGACCUUCAAAGAGCACAACACUCUGAAUCCAAAGCAAAAGCUGGCACUUGCAAAGCAGCUGAAUCUGAGACCUAGACAGGUGGAGGUGUGGUUUCAAAACAGGAGGGCAAGGACCAAGUUGAAGCAGACAGAAGUGGAUUGCGAGUACUUGAAGAGGUGCUGUGAGAAUCUAACAGAGGAGAACAGAAGGCUGCAAAAGGAGGUGCAAGAGCUGAGAGCACUCAAGCUCUCUCCACAGCUCUAUAUGCACAUGAAUCCGCCUACCACCCUCACCAUGUGCCCUCAGUGUGAGCGUGUGGCUGUCGCCUCGUCCUCUUCGACCUCGGCCGCUCCGACCCGCCAUCCACCGGCCACCUCACAGCGUCCCUCAGUAGCCAUCAAUCCGUGGGGGGUGUUGCCGAUCCAACGUUGAAGGUUGUAUUUUAUCAUUUUUCCUGCGGGGGAUUGAGUUUGAUGUUUAUGGAAUAUGGGAUGGAAAAUUUUGUUUUGGUGGUGUGGUGAUUAGGUCGGUUAGCUGCCAAAUUCUCUCCUUAACAAAACCUAGUUAGAUAUUGCAGAGAGAGAGGAACGGACAAUUAAUUAAAGAUCAAUGGAGACCUUUUUAUUUUCACAAACAAUACUAGUGUUUAGAAAGCAAUGAUUAGAGCUCUUAUCACA